AAAAUGCUAGAGUAAAAGAAAGAGCAAACCAUAAAGACCAAUUCAGUGAGAAGUCCCCUCCAUUUAGCACCAGAACUCCUCUCUAACUCCUCCAUCACUGCUAAAGCCCAACAAGUUUAAUUUUCUCACGUAAAAAAGCUGUCUGAGUGGAUUAGUUAUAUAUAUGUUUUGAUGGCAUAUAAUCGGCUUGAUGCUCACUCAGCAGCGGAGAAGGCGGUGUCUGUGAUUGGAUUUGGUUAUGAUUUGACCAAAGAUAUUCGAUUGUCAUAUUGCAAGCCAGGUCUUUUUGGGUCUAGAUUGAUCAAGCUGGACCUCACUCGGAAUCAAGAGCUUGUGGUUCCUGGUGGGGUUGUUGUUCAAAACGUGCCUAAUGGUAUUAAGUGUGAUAAAGGAGAGAGGACUAGGUUUCUCUCUGAUGUUCUCUCUUUCAAUCAGAUGUCGGAGAAAUUCAAUCAAGAACUGUGUUUAUCAGGUAAAAUUCCCUCGGGACUGUUCAAUACCAUGUUUAACUUCAGGGGUAGUUGGCAGAAGGAUGCGGCUUCUGCAAAAAGUCUUGCUUUUGAUGGUUGGUUCAUAACACUAUAUAACAUUGAGUUGGAAAGAUCCCAUAUAACGUUGUCUGAAAAGGUGAAGCAAGAAGUGCCUACUACAUGGGAUCCUGUUGCCCUUGCUGAGUUUAUUGAGAAAUAUGGCACUCAUAUUGUUGUCGGGGUAAGGAUGGGAGGUAAAGAUGUGAUACACAUGAAGCAGCAACAAAAAUCAAAUCUUGAGCCCCCUGAAGUGCAGAAAUUGUUAAAGGAAUAUGCUGAUAAGCUGUUCUUCGGAGAUGUUGACCCUGCUGAAUUAUCAGGAAAACCAAAGGAUGAACACGUUAUGCCUUGGGAUUUCAAUGGAGUAUUUGCCCAUUCGAUGAGGCCGCCUGUCAUUACUUCCAUAAAGAAUGAGGAUAUAACGAGCAUUUGUAUCCGAAGGGGAGGUGUGGAUGUUGGCCAAAGCCAUAACCAGUGGCUCCCAACUAUAUCACAGUCGCCAAAUGUUAUUUCAAUGUCCCUUGUGCCUAUAACUUCUCUUUUGAAUGGUAUUCGAGGCAACGGAUUCGUAAGCCAUGCGGUGAAUCUCUACCUUCGAUACAAACCUCCAAUAGAGGAACUUCACCAGUUUUUAGAGUUUCAGUUGCCUCGGCAAUGGGCUCCAGUAUAUGGUGAUCUGCCUCUUACUCUUAAGCGCAGAAAACAAGCAACCCCAUCUCUUAGGUUCACCUUCAUGGGCCCUAAGCUUUAUGUCAACACCACACAGGUUGAUUCUGGAAAUCGGCCAGUGACAGGAAUCCGCUUACAUUUGGAGGGUAAGAGAAGUGACCAUUUGGCUAUCCAUCUCCAGCAUCUUUCCUCUCUUCCCAAUAUGCUCCAACUCUCAGAUGAUCGGCUCGAAUCAACUCAUGAACCUGAAGACCGAGACUAUUUUGAACCAGUUCUAUGGAGCAUAUUCUCACAUGUCUGCACUGCCCCAGUGGAGUACAAUGGUGCCCGCAUUGAUGACACCGCUUCUAUUGUAACAAUGGCCUGGUUCGAGGUAAAGGUUGUUGGGAUGAAGAAAGUUCUGUUCCUGAGGCUUGGUUUCUCAAUGUUGGCAUCUGCAAGACUCUGCAGGUCAGAAUGGGAUGGACCUUCAGCCUUGUCAAGAAAAUCGGGGGUCUUCUCGAUGUUGAUUAGCACUAGGUUUAGUGCAGGAUUAAAUCCACCCGAGAAGCCAGCUGUGAAAGUAAACCUGAAUUCUGCGGUUUUUCCUGGAGGCCCGCCUUUACCAUCAAGAGCACCGAAAAUGUCAAACUUUGUGGACACAAAGGAAAUGGUGAGAGGUCCAGAGGACCUGCCUGGAUAUUGGGUGGUCACUGGAGCUAAGCUCUGUGUGGACGGUGGUAGAAUCUCAAUCAAAGUCAAGUAUUCACUGUUAGCCACAAUAUCAGAGGAGGCAAUGAUGUUGUUGUAAGAACUUGCAUGAGGGAAAGAAUGCAUUCGUUCCUACUGUUGUAACUUGCAAAUGAUAACCAUGUAAUUUUCUCAACUAAUAUUUUUUUUAAAAAUCAGAUUCUUUACGUCA